AUGUUCCAGAUGGCCGGCUUGGAGGCUGUGGUGUUCACAGUCAGUCGGGUCGAUGAUGUCGGCGGACGAAGAUGGUCGCGGUCGGGUGGAGCCGGCGACCUCGUGUGGCAGCACGAAGGUAGUCUUGUCAUACAUGCGGCAGCGAUCGAGGCCACGGUGCCUGAGCCAGUUGCGGUGGUUGCGGUCAACUCGGAGGCUAUACACGGGCGGGUGAGCUGGCUCGACGGGGCGGUGGCUGAGGUGACGACUGCGCGCGGGCUGGUUUGGAUUGAUCCCAAGGCCGCCGCAGCGCACGAGGCCGGGCUGAUGCAGGGCCGUGAGCAAGGACUGGCGCCGCGGACGCUACCGAAUGGAAUAUGUCCCGGUCCGCUGGCGAGUGCCGAGGAGCCUGCGCUGAUCGACGUGCUGGUGGCGGUGACAGUGACGGUGGCAGAGAGCAUGUCCGAGGCGGCAUUGGACGCUCAAGUAGCGCUGGCGGAAGCCGAGGGCAACGCCGCGUUUAAGACAUCGGAGGUGCAUGCGGUGAUCCGGGUUGUUGGCAUUCACGUGACCGAGUACCGUGCCACGGGGACGUUCACUGAGACUGCUCUCCGGGUUUACCACGGGAACGAUGGGUUCAUGGACGAUGUGCCCAAGCUGCGCGAGGAGCUGCAGGCAGACAUGGUGUCAUUGUGGAUUGUUCCCAGCACAAAGUGCGGGAUUGGGUUCACCAUAGGAGGAUACUCGGUGGAGGAGGCGGAGUCGGCGUACUCGGUGGUAGCGCUAGAGUGCACCACGACGUGGCUCUCGUUUGUCCACGAGCUCGCACACAACAUGGGCGCGAACCAUGACGCCAUCAACGUGGCGGCAAACACUCUGUUUCCGUUCUCGCUUGGUAACCGCUUUGUGUAUGGCGGUGAGCAGCUGCGGACGGUGAUGGCGUACAAGCCUGGUCGGCGAGUGGCCUACUUUUCGUCGCCGGACGUGCUGUACGCCGAUGCGGUAGCGACCGGAUCAGAGACGGCCAACAACUGCUCAGUGAGCCACAAGUGUGAGACGGUGGUCCUGGCCGACGGCGAGGCGUGCGACGAUGGCCUGGUGUGCAACGGGCCGGAGGCGUGCUUGGCCGGAGUUUGCACCAACCUCGGUGCUGCGGUCACAUGUCCGGCACCGCCCGGCACAAACUGCCCCUGGCGCUGCUCCGAGACGCUCGGCGGGUGCGUGGCCGAUGCCGGCGCCGCAUGCGCUCGCCAAAGCAACUCGACGUGCAUAGACGGCUUGUGCGACGCGGCUGGGAUGUGCGUCGCGACGGAGAAUGCGCUGCCGUGCUCGUGUGGCGAUGAUGCAGGAGCCUGCUGUGGCAGCGUAUGCGAGCUGGAACCAGUGCCAGUGCCUGUCGAUGGGGUCCUGGACACGUGGACCGGUGGCGGACGAAGCGCGGUCCGGGUGAAGCUCGGCUCUGUGGCGGACAUGGCCGAGCUCUGGAUCUCGCUAGAUCCGACAACGGCAAAGCCCGCGGUGCAGGCUGUGCGUGACGACGAACCGAACACCCGAAAGACACUCUCUCCAAAGCGAGCGAGCAGCCUGGUGAGCUCGGUGGCGUUUGUCGUCGCGCCACCGGCUGGAGGCUGGGCAAGCUGGGAGACAGUGGAGAUCGGCGUGGCUGAGGUCCUGGGCGCUGACGAGCGGGUUGGGAUCCGCAUCGCUUUCGGGUCGGAGACCGGAGCAGGAAGCGCGAGAGCCGAUGGUGAGGGCUGGGUAUUUGUAGUCGUGGUCAUGGUGUGCAUGGUGGUGGUGAUGGUCUCGGCAACGGCUGUCAUCGUCGGUCGGUUGACAGCGCAGCGGUUUGUGGUCCGGCCGGCGGCGUAUCGGCUCGUCGAGCUUGGAACCAGCGGCUGCAGCUCGGAUUUGAGCUCAGAAUGAUGAAGCAUUGCGCGCACGGUC